CAGGAAGUCAGUGUCGUUUCUACGAACGGGCCCUCGCAUCAUAUCGCCGCCACCUCCGCUUUUCGUCCCUGUCAUUCACCUACAACAGUAUAUAUUUUGAGCUUCUCUGACUCCACGAGCAUGGGCGACGACGAAGAAAAGUACGACGGCAUGUUGCUCGUCAUGGCGCAGCAACACGAAGGAGGAGUGCAGGAGUUAGUAAACACAUUUUUCAGCUUCCUCCGACGCAAAACCGACUUCUUCACCGGUGGCGAUUCAGGCUCUGCAGAGAAGUUAGUCAAGGAAGCUUUCGCCAACCACAACAAGCUGGCGCUGAAGUCCCACAAAGAGAACCAGACGAAACAGGAGAAGGAAAAGAAAGCCAGAGCCGACAGAGCCGCCAAGCUGGCGGAGGAGGAGGAGGCAGCGAGGAAAAAGAAAAACGACGACGGGCCCAGAAUUCAGGAACUGACGGAGGAGGAGGCUGAGAAGCUGCAGUCUGAACUCGACGAGAAAAAGAAAGAAGUGGAGAAAACGGUGAACGCAACGACGAAGGUAGAGAAGUCGCCCGACAGCGCCGAAAAAGAGAAAGGGUCCGACUCAGAGGGAGAGGAAGACGAGAAGGACAAGGGCAAACUGAAGCCCAAUGCGGGAAACGGAGCCGACCUGCCCAACUACAAGUGGACGCAGAGCCUGUCUGAAGUGGAUCUGGCAGUGCCUUUCGAUGUGAAGUUCCGCAUUAAGGGGCGGGACGUGGUGGUGGACAUCCAGCGGCGCUCCAUCAAAGUCGGCCUGAAGGGACACCCGCCCAUCAUUGACGGGCAGCUCUGCGGCGAGGUGAAGGUGGAGGAAAGCUCCUGGCUGAUCGACGACGGCAAGGUGGUCACAGUGCACUUGGAAAAGAUUAAUAAAAUGGAGUGGUGGAACAAGAUUGUUUCCACGGAUCCAGAACUCAACACCAAGAAGAUCUGUCCGGAGAACUCAAAGCUGUCGGACCUGGACGGAGAGACGCGUGGUAUGGUGGAGAAGAUGAUGUACGACCAGAGGCAGAAAUCGAUGGGUCUGCCGACAUCAGAAGAGCAGAAGAAACAAGACAUUCUUAAAAAGUUCAUGGCUCAGCACCCAGAGAUGGAUUUCUCUAAAGCCAAAUUCAGCUGAGAGACUCCGCCUGUAGGAUCCACAUAUUCAUACUCGAGGGGAAUGAUAGGAGCAAAUGUCACGCACCGACCGACGGCCACCUCCCCCCCAUCAUGUGUUCUCUACAUACUGAACAUGGUUUCUGUUGGUUAACAUUCUUAAAGGCACAGGUUGGUUUUUGGUUUUUUUAUUUGUUACGAGAACAGUUCUGAUGACUGUAACGUCCACAUCCUCCCUCCGCACGUCGUCUGAAUAUUUAAAGAUGUCUGGAUUUCUUCUUUUUUUUAAUAAAUGAAUAUAAAAUCUAA